AUGCGGGUGGGCGCGCUGCUGUUGGUCGCGCUGGCGGUGUGCGGCGGCGGGGCGCGAGCGGCGCUGCGGGAGGCUUUUGCGUGGCGGCAGCUGGACUUCGCGUGGCCGUCGCCCGCCGCCAAGGAGCACGCGCUGGCCACGGGUGCCUUCCGCCCCGAAGCCUCCGUGCCCGUGGGGCUGGAGGUGUGGGGCCAGCGCGUCUUCGUCACGGUGCCCCGAUGGGCCACCGGCGUGCCCGCCUCGCUCACCGUCUUCCCCGUCAACGAUCAUGAAGGCAGAGAGCUGAUCGCGGGCAAUCAGCAGAGCCGGCGCGGGGCGGGGCGUGAGGCGCGGGGCGGGGCGGGGAGGCGCGGGGCAAGGUCGGGCAGUGAAAGUGACACGCGAGAAAGCCGCAGCUCCGCGCAGCGCUGCGCUGCCCAGUUACCGCACUGCCCCACUUGGACCGCCCACGCCGCCCCCGCGUCGCGAUACAAUUCCCCUCAGACAUCGAGAGCGACAAAUCGAUGGGGACGUACCGACAGUGACAUCGAUUGUGUUCUGCCGUCGCGCGUCGUGUCGCCCUUCCGCCUGCGCGCCGACAGCUGCGGCCGCCUCUGGGUGCUGGACACGGGCCGCGCCGACGUGCUGGGCGACGCGCAGCAGCUCGCGCCCGCCGCGCUGCUCGUCUUCGACCUGCGCACCGACCAGCUGCUGCGCAGGUACGAGGUGCCGCGCGACCAGCUGAUGGACUCGAGCUUCCUGGUGAACCUGGCGGUGGACGUGUCGCCCACCGGCUGCGAAGACACGUACGCCUACCUGGCCGACAUGGGGUCGUACGCGCUCAUCGUGUACUCGUGGGCCGGCAACGAGUCGUGGCGCGUCACCCACAACUACUUCCUGUCGCACCCGCUGCAGGGCGAGUUCCGCGUGGCCGGCACGCGCUUCCAGUGGCCCGACGGCAUCUUCGGCCUGGCGCUGUCCAAGGCCAACCGAUACAACCACCGCACGCUCUACUUCCACGCCUUCGCCUCCACCUCGGAGUUCCAGGUGUCCACGGAGAUCCUGCAGAACAAGACGCGUGCCUUGAACAGCUUCCACGAGUUCCACCUGGUGGGCGACCGAGGCCCCAACACGCAGUCCUGCGCCUCCUUCAUGGACGAGGAGUCCGGCAUAGCCUUCUACACGCAGGUGAACCUGGACGCCAUCACAUGCUGGAACUCGCGCACGCGCCCGCACUACGAACCCACGACCAUCGGGCUGGUGGCGCAGGACAACCGCACGCUCGUCUUCCCCAACGACGUGAAGGUGGACGCGGGCGGCAACGUGUGGGUGCUCACCGACCGCCUGGCGCUCUUCCUCUACAGCUCGCUCGACCCCAAAGACGUCAACUUCCGCAUCCUGACGGCGACCGUGCAGGAGGCCGUGAACGGCACCAUCUGCGACCCGGCGUACUCGGGCCCGGAGCCCAAGCUGGAAAACCACCCGCUGGAGUCGCGCUUCGGCGGCGGCAGCCUGUGCGACCGCUCCGCCGCGACCACCCCCGCCGCCGUCGCCGCCGCCCUCGCGCCGCUGCUCGCCCUCGCGCUGUGGGGCCGCCGCGACGCCUGCUAGCCCCCCGGCGCCCCGCGAUGGCCGCUAGGUGUGCGGAAGCAAAGAACAUUUUUCGCUAGAGUUAAGUAGUCUUUCAUCGUCGUUCAAGAGCUCUGUGUUUAAGGAGGAUGUUGUGAGUGUUGGAGGAUUCUGCGGUUCAUCAAAUUCACAAAAAAAUGAAUGCUGAAAAAUGAAUGUAAAUUGCUAAUCGUGUUAUGAGAGUAUUCAUAACGUAAGGAAGUUUUCCAACACUUUAAAAUACUAUAUUAAUAAAUGUUAGAAAUACAUGAAUAGAAAUAAUACAAUAAUUUAUUUUUGUUGUUGAAGGUGGGUAACAUUUCACAAGUUAAAUUUCUAAAUAGUGUUAGUACUCGAACAUGGUUUGAAAAUUAUAGAAAAUACUGUGAUUAAAUUUAGGCACGUUCAACACUUAAUGAAGGUGCAAAUGUGAAUUUUAAAGGACGACUUUAUCAUUUUGAGGAUAUGUACUGAUUUUGCAACAUUUUUUUUGAAUAUGUGAUUUUAUGUGAAAAAUAUUUGUACUGAAUCGUCUAAUGGCAAAACCGGUUCUUUAAAAAAUAUGAAAAUGGAUAUUUUAAAUGUGUUCUGUUUUUCAUUCUUUUUUAUAUAUGUUUGUAAUGCGCGAAGGAAUACAAUGGCCCCAAUUAUGCCUUGAGAAAACAAGAUUCAGUUGUAAAUGCAGCUAUCUGUAUGUUUGUAUGUCAAAAUACCGGCCAUCUACUUUCUCAGUAGAAAACAAUGCAGUAUUACUUAUGGAGGUAUUAGUUACUUAUUAUUAAAUAUGUAACAUAUUAAUAUAUAAUUAUUACUGGUUUUGCUUUAAUACUGAAAUAAAACGUCUUUUAAAUAUUUUCAAUUCAAUGCCAAUGUGGCAGUUUACAAAAUUAAAAUUGAUGUAUUUCAAUAAUACAUUACCAAAACUUUACUCUGACUUCAAUUAUAAUAAUAUAGUGUUUAAAAAUACUACUUGGAAUAAAUUAAUAUCAUAAUGAAGCAAUUCGUUUAGAUAUAAUACAUGUAUGUAUUUUUUGACAAUUUUGACUGUUUUGGAAGCGUGGGAUUUGCAACUAGACGACUCAAUUUACCCCUAUUUUACAUUUAAUUUUUCUUUGUAUUUUGAUAGAAGUACUCGAAUACAAAAUCAUAUUUGUGUAUUGUAGAAGUAGAUAAAUUGGAGAAGACUGAUUAAGAAUAAUUUAUUAUUUCAGAUCAUCUAUCUCAAUGGUAAAUCUGUGUUUAUGAUGGUUGAUCUUUUGAUAAACUCUGUUCUAAAUUGAUAUUGAAAUUAAUAAAAAAGUACUAAAGCUACAUUCGGUUUGUUUUUAAUUUUAUAUUUUUUGUGGUGCGCGUUAGAUUAUAGG